AUGAUUCAGGCCAUGAAACAAGCCGAGGAGAAGAAGAAUGCGAAUCCGCCCGAUAUAAGAAGCGAUGCAGAAAACCGGAGGCGCAGGAUGGAAUCGAGAGCCCCAGGAGGAACCCAAUCGACUUCUAAUACAAGAGAUGAAGAGAAGAUUACGAUGACUGGGGAAGGAAAGGGUGAUGGUGCGGUGAUUCCGAGGGAUGAUGGUGGAGAAGGUCAAGGAAUGGGAGGAGAGGGUGAAGAAGGGAGAAGAGAAAGGGUGUUGGAAGAAGGAGGAGAAGAGGCGAAUGAAGAUGGGAGUGAGUCAGUGUCAAGUGAGGAAUUGACAAAGGAAGAAAUUCAGAAGAAGAUUCAGAAGAAGGAGAAGAGUAAGAGGGUGAAGGGGAAGAAAGGAAAGGGGAAGAGGGUAGAUUCAUCGGAAGAUUCAGGAGGAGAAGAAGGUUGGUUGAGAAAUGUGAAGGAUUACGGGAUGUUGGUGGAGAAAGAUAAUUGUCUGAAGGAGUUGAGAACGGACAAGAAGAAGGAGAGAAGGGGCAUACCAGACGGUAGACCACUCCUAGACCGUUUAGCCGAAGUAAUUGAAUUCGGAGACGAUGUUGACUUUGCGGAGCUGAAGGAAGAGAUGAAAAUGAAGAGGAAGGAGGAGGAGUUGGCUAAGAAAGAGGUGAAGGAAGGGGGAGAGAAAGGAUCAAAGUCAGGAUUGAGAAGAAGGAAGUCGAGGAGAGGUAGAGGGGGACGUUCGUCGUCUUCGGAAUCAGAGUCAACGGCUUUGUCUUCAUCAGAUGAGGGGAAGGGAGAAUCGAGGAAAGGAAAAGGGAAGGAGAGAUGCAAGAGGUCGAAGCGGGAAGACUAA